CUUAGAAUCACCUCUCCAACCUCGGCUCGGCUCCUUUUCGACACAAUUUUUCUGUCAGCAGCUCCUUGCAUUCGAUCUUUUCGGUAUAUAUUAUAGCAAUGGCCAAUCAUAUCGACUCUCGCCACGCGUAUUUCAUGAAGCAAGCACUGAUAAUGGGCGAAAAGGCACUUGAGACAGGCGAGACGCCAGUCGGAUGUGUCCUUGUUCAUAAUGAUGUAAUUGUCGGCUCAGGGAUGAAUGAUACCAAUAAAUCCAUGAAUGGCACAAGGCAUGCUGAAUUCAUCGCCAUCGAGGAAAUGCUCGAGAAAUACCCCCGGUCGCUGCUUCAUUCAACAGAUCUUUACGUGACUGUUGAACCCUGUGUCAUGUGUGCUUCUGCUUUGAGGCAAUAUCAGAUACGCACUGUUUAUUUUGGCUGUGGAAAUGACCGCUUUGGGGGGACUGGAAGCAUACUCUCGCUACACUCAGACUCCUCAAUAGACCCGCCGUAUCCCGUCCACGGAGGGAUAUUUCAGGAAGAAGCUAUAAUGCUACUGCGGCGCUUUUAUAUACAGGAAAACGAGAAUGCACCCAAGCCUCGGCCCAAGAAGAACCGUGAGUUGAAAACGAGUUUUGAAACCAGCGUCUCGGGAAGUCAGACUCAUACUCAAUGAACCGUGACCCAGUAAAGUUUGCGGCAAUAGAAGGGAACAUGGGGCAUAAGUUAAUGUUUGUCACUAUUUAGUUCAAUCAAUACUGGGAGCGAGCCAUACACCUAUUUUAGAGGCUCCGCUUCGAGCUCCCGUUCCGCUUGUUGAUAAUAUUUCGCAGUAUCGACUCCGUGCUUUCGAAAAUAUUAGCAUGAGAUUCAGAAGCUGCCUGCUCUACGCCUUUGUGCAGGGUGGCACGGGUUCUUGAUGAACUUACUUGGUCGUGGUUGACAAUAUUGAUCCAUGGAAUGACAUGGCUAAAGAGCUGAGAAUAACGCGAAUUUCUGGCGGCAACACCCUGCAAGUAUGGC